CCUGGUUUUUUUUUUUCUCCCCUCUCUCAUGGUACUGGACCGUCCAAGGGUUGAGGCUGUGCAACGUCAGUACACAGCAGCGGGCCAGGGCCACGUUUUCACUUUCUGGGAUAACCUCACUGAACAAGAACAAGAGGCUUUUCUUGCCCAGCUUGAAUCCUUUGAUCCUGCAGCACUCAACGUCAUUUUUUCUCAGGCGACUGCAGCCUCCAAUAACACCUCCUCCAUCUUUGCAGAUCUUACACCUUUGGAACAAAGUGAAGUCAAAUCGACCUUAUCAUGCUCUGCCGAGGAAAAAGAAGAGUGGAGAUUGCUGGGCAUGGAAGCCAUUGCCAAUAAUCAUGUGGCUGUUGUCCUCUUAGCUGGUGGACAAGGAACUCGACUGGGGACUUUACUACCAAAGGGCUGCUACCGCGAUAUUGGUUUACCAUCCCACAAAACACUCUUCCAAAUUCAAGCAGAGCGAAUUCUGAAACUACAGGAGCUUGCAAGGAUAGAGAAAGCCAAAAGGACACAUCAGGCUGUCGAAUCAAUCCCAGAAGUAGUGGUUCCGUGGUGCAUCAUGACCUCGGGACCCACCCGACACCAAACAGAGGUAUUUUUGAAGGAGCAUGAGUACUUUGGACUGUCGCCCGAAAAUAUCAUCAUCUUUGAACAGGGUGUAAUCCCAUGCUUUGGCAUGGAUGGCAAAUUUCUGUUGAACCAUAAGAACUUGAUCGCAACCUCUCCCAAUGGUAACGGAGGCCUUUAUUGGGCGUUGCACAGUGAAAAAGUCCUAGAAGAGCUACAAGAGCGAGGCAUUCGAUACAUACACUGUUACUCUGUCGACAAUAUCCUGAUCAAAAUUGGUGAUCCUGUUGGGAUUGGACAUGCAAUAAAAGAAGGUUCAGAUGUAACCGCUAAGGCGGCGCCAAAGACCGUGGCUGCAGAACCCUUAGGCGUGAUUUGUCGACUUGGGGGCAAGAUCAAGGUCGUGGAGUAUUCAGAAAUGGAUCCGGAGCUCGCCGUGUUAGAGGAUCGCUCCACGGGUGAAUUAGUAUACAGAGCAGGCAACAUCUGCAACCAGAUCUGCUCAUUGGAUUUUUUGCAGAAGAUAGCAAAUAUUUUAAAGUCAAGGGACCAAAGCGUCCUUAUUUAUCAUCAAGCAACUAAAAAGAUCCCAUACGUUGAUCUUGAAUCCGGACACCUCAUCAGUCCCAAAAAACCCAAUGGCAUCAAAUUAGAGCUAUUUAUCUUUGACGUAUUUCCAGUAGCAGAGCGAUUCGCCUGUCUGGAGGUGGAGCGAUCUAGAGAAUUCUCGCCCAUCAAGAACUCCAGUGGCUUGGAUUCACCUAGUACUGCCAGGAGAGAUCUAGAGCGUCUACAUAUCCGAUGGAUCGAAGAAGCAGGAGGGCAUGUACAAGGCGGGGACGUAUUUAAAUCCGAUGGGCCAACAAAGAUGAGGAUAGGCUUUGAGAUUGGACCUCGUCUAAGCUAUGCUGGCGAAGGACUUGAGUGGGUCAAGGGCAAGACAAUCCUUCCGGGGAUAUUGGAGAAUCAAGAGGAUGCAGCUUUUGUAGAUUACUAAGGAUUAGCAUAUUCCGCUGCUGUUUAAGACAUUUUGUGACCCAUAAAAGGGUAGCAUAUGAUUUUAGAA